AUGAGAAUAUAUAAGUUGCCAGACAAAAAUAUUGAAGAACUAGAAAAGGUCCAAAGACAGUUCUGGUGGAACAAAGAAUCUGAAAAGGGUAUAAUCAUCACAGCUUGGAGGAAUUUAUGUAAGGACAAAGAUCCUGGAAGAUUGGGUUUUAGGGAUAUGAAGUGCUUUAAUAUAACUUUACAGGCAAGAUCAACUUGGAUAGCAUGUAAGAAGGAGAGUCAAUUAUGGGAAAAAGCUUUAAAGGAAAAGCAUUUUCCAGAUUAUUCACUUCUUCAUGCACCAGAAAAGAAUAACACUACUUUGGCAUGGAAGAACAUGUACAGUACUGUUGCUUUCACCAAAAGAUUUAGCUUCUGGCAAUUGGGGGAUGUCAAAAGAAUUUAUAUAUGGAUGGAAAAAUGGGUUCUUAGGGACACACCAAAGGUCAAGUGCAUCUACAGAAAUGGAUAUCUGAUGGCGGAUGCGACAGAAUGUAUGGCUGCUGCUUUGGAGGUAUUAAGAUGGUCCGUGAGUGAACAACUGGAAUGUUAUGGAAAGUAA